GGAAGUUUAUCCCGGGCGUGUAUAAAGACGCUUCCUGUGCUCUUCUCAAGAGAAACAUAUUUUGAAACAUUCAUGGCUUGACCAUACAUUAAGAUACGAGAAGCAAAUAACUCAGCAGCCCAAGAUGAACUACGUACCAGGGACGGCUAGCCUCAUUGACGACAUCGACAAGAAGCACCUGGUGCUGCUCCGUGAUGGCAGAACACUGAUCGGUUAUCUCAGAAGCAUUGAUCAGUUUGCCAAUUUAGUUUUUCACCAGACAGUUGAGCGCAUCCAUGUGGGAAAAAAAUUUGGUGACAUCCCCAGAGGAAUAUUCAUUGUGAGAGGAGAGAAUGUGGUGCUGCUCGGAGAGAUAGAUGUGGAUAAGCCCUGCGACACACUUCUGCAGCAGGUCUCCAUUGAAGAGAUUCUGGAGGAACAACGGUUGCAGCAACAAGCCAAACAGGAGACGGAGAAAGUAAAAAUGCAGGUCCUAAAGGACCGUGGACUUUCCGUCCCCAAAGCUGAUAACUUGGACGAAUACUAACGCUGACUUGAUUCCAAGAGCCUCUUUCUCAGUUUGAAUCGGACUAGGAUAUUUUAAGUUGAAUUUGAGAGCAUGUGGGGUUGUUUAUGGGUACAAGCCUGCAUCAUGCAGAUGCUGAGCCUAUAUACUGUAGUGUACUGUAUGAAUUUAAUUUGAAUUAUUUGGAGAGGGGGGGGAUGUGAUAGCUGCUCUGUUUUGCAGAUCAUGACAACAGCAAAAUGGGGAAUAUAUAUCUCUCUCUAUUGGCAAUUUAGCAAUUACUUUACAGCAGCACUUUGUAUUCUGUCACUGAUGCGGGGAGUCUUUUUAUUUGGAGAUAUGCGGUCCUGCUAUUGACAAAAAAAACUAGUUGCUAUGCUCCAUUAAAAGUUUAGUUUUUCAUUAAGGAAGGUGUGCUUGUUUCAUCGCGCGCACACACAUCAGACCUUAUUGCCCAUUCUGUUUUACUUGCUCUGCUGUGCUAGAUGCAUUAUAAGGGCAUUAAAGGGUAAUUUCAGUGUUAUUAAACCUGGAGGAAGAUGCGGAUGGAAAAAUGAGUCAGACUUGGAGAGAGGAGUUCGUCCUGUAGUUGCAUAGAGGGACUGCUAGCUAGAUUUUUACUUACUGAAUUUUUCGCUGAUUUCGACAAUGUAGAGGAGUUAUUUGAAUUUGAUGGCUGUCUGUAUUUGAGAGAGAGGAUAAGGAUUAAGAUAUCUAAGAAACGCCAGCAUCUCAAUCGGCAAACCAUGUAGCACGCUGCAAUGUGACAUCAAAAAUUCUGUUGGACUGAAAAUCAAGCAUUUUUACAGUAGGCCUAUGGAGUUAUGUCAGUCAGCUGAUUACUCUAAAUUGCAACCUAUUUCCAACUACUUACGGUUCUUCUUUGAGUGGCCCCAAAGGUAAAAAAAAUGUAAGACUUUUAUUUUGGACAUUAACUACACUGAUGCAGUAAAAAAGCCUAAUUAGGCCUAUUA